GUGUUAUGGGGGUGCCUGAGUGAGAGAGGGAGAGCGAGUGAGCUGGUGUGCUGCUCUCACUGCUCUGGCUUAUCCUUGUCCUAUGCGGAUAUCACCGCUGACUGCCUGCCCGAGUGGCGCGCGUCAUCCAGGAUAGGCCAGGAUCUCAUCUGUGUCAUUCCCACUCAAGGACUCCUGAAAGAACAGGCGCACCUCGUCUCCAUCCUCGCUGUGUAGUUGCGGUGGGAUAAUCGUGGUUGCCCUGCUUAGCCGAUCCCAGAGGAGGGGGCUAUUAUCGACGGUGAGGACAGAGGCAGAGGAUGCUCAGUGGACGAAGCGAGAGAUGAGCGAUGGGAAAGGGGCGUCUGAUAACACCCGACAGAGAAGAGGAGCCUGCAUUGCCGUAACUUCCUCGCUCCUCCUUUGACGUCCUCUCUUCACCUACUGAGUAUUUGUUGUUGUGUUUUGUCCCUCCACCGUCUUCAUCACCUGUCACCAUGACAACCUCAGCUUUGCGCCGGCAAGUGAAGAAUAUUGUCCACAAUUAUUCAGAAGCAGAGAUCAAGGUUCGCGAGGCCACGUCAAACGACCCAUGGGGCCCUUCCUCGUCUCUCAUGUCAGAAAUUGCUGACUUGACCUUUAAUGUUGUAGCAUUUGCUGAGGUCAUGGGCAUGGUGUGGAAACGCCUCAAUGACAGCGGCAAAAACUGGAGACACGUGUACAAGGCUCUAACUCUGCUGGAUUACCUGCUGAAGACAGGAUCUGAAAGAGUGGCACAACAGUGCCGUGAGAAUGCAUUCACCAUUCAGACCCUUCGUGACUUCCAGUAUGUGGACCGCGAUGGCAGGGACCAGGGGGCCAAUGUGAGAGAAAAGGCACGACAACUGGUGUGUCUCCUCCGAGAUGAGGAGCGCCUCCGUCAGGAGAGGAGCCAAGCCCUAAAGACGAAGGAGCGAAUGGCAGGGGGAGGCAGCGGAGGAGGUGGGGGUGUGUACGGAGGCAUUCCCCCAUCUUACCACCCAGGAAGGCGAACCAGCCAGCCCAGCAUGGCCGUGCUGUACGGGGAGGAGUUCAGCCGCUCUAGAGGCUCCCCAUCCUCCUUUAACUCCUCGUCGUCGUCUCCUCGUGCUGCCUCAGACUUGGAGCAGGCUCGACCUCAGACCAGUGGGGAGGAAGAGCUGCAGCUCCAGCUGGCCUUAGCCAUGAGCAGGGAAGAGAGUCAAAAGGAGCAGCGUUGUCGCCAAGGAGACGAGUCUCUGUUACAAAAAGCCCUGGAUGAGAGCAGGAGAGAGAGCCAGUCAGGGACACAGGAGUCAGCUAUGCUGGACCUGGUGGACAUAUUUGGCUGCUCAUCUGAGGCCCCUCCUCCUCCCAGUGACCCCUGGAACUCGUCUCAACCGGCUGGUGACAUUAACUCUGACCCAUGGGACUCUGUAGCAGUUCACUCUAGCACUCCAGUGGUUGGUAGUCCUUGGACGGCCCCGCCCUCCUCACAUCCAAACACAUCCAACCCUUGGGCUCCGUGUGCCGACUCUUGCACAGACCCCUGGGAAGCAGCGCCCGCCUCCUCCAGUCCUGUCAAUCACGUGUGGGACAGCCCAACUGAUGGAGGAGAUAACGGGACAGACCCCUUCACUGCACAGGAAGAAGAGAAGCCAAAGCAGGAGUUUCCUCAAGUUAACUCCCCCCCACCUGCCAGUCCUACAGAUGCAGAGCUGUUCAGGGUAAAGGUCGACUCUGACCCUUUUGCUGGAACUGAUUCCAUGCCUGACCCCUUCAGAUCAGACCCUCCAGUAAAACCUCAACUAAACGGGCGAGAGUCCGCCAGCCCAGAAAUGUUUGGCCUUUCCCGGCUAGCACCCCCGCUCAGCGCCCCCCCUACGCGAGUGUGUCGGACCCCAGAGGCCUUCCUCGGACCUACAGGGGCCUCACUGGUCAACCUGGACGCCCUGAUACCCCCCAACCCGCCCAACAAGACACACAACAACCCCUUCCUCUCAGGUCUGAGCGCUCCGUCUCCCACCAACCCAUUCCACUGUGAUCAGCCUCGCCUUACCCUCAACCAGAUGCGGCCAUCGUCCACCUCACCACUGCCCCCCCACAUGCUCUCCUACAGCCCUUCACUACCCCUCCCUCUGGCCCACCAGCUGCCCGUCCUCCCCUCGUCUUUCACACAACCUCCUGCUGGAAUCCUGGACCUCCCCUCCAACCUCCCACAGCCCCUGCUGCCCCUAUCCCCUCGUCAGGCAUCCCGUACCCACACACAGGCACAGACACACAGCCACAACCCUUUCCUCUGAAACCCCCCUGACCUGCACAUGGACAGGACUGAUUGGACACUUUUUUUUUUUUUUUUUUCGGAUAAACAUCUGUCGACUCCAGACUACAAUGAAACUGGUGUAAAUGAACCCCUACAGAUCCUGGUCUGAUGUCAUUGCGCAUACUUAAAGUGGAAAACAAAUUGGACCGGUUGUAUGUAUUUGUGUCUGUCCAAAGACACAUCAGCUGCUAUUAAACCUGAACUCUUGAAGAAAAACAACUUUACGCACACACACACACACACACACAUGCUCAAACACUCACUCAGGUGCACUUAGACACAAAUAUUAUGCACAGACGUUCACGCACACAUGCCCGUGCUCACAUCAUGCACAGACGUACGCCGCCACACUGACAGGGUCUCUUCGAUGCCUUUUCCCGUCUGAACCACGUCUGACCGCAGAGACACAAGUGUUCCUCAUGACUGGGAUGAAGCCACACCGUUUGAUUGUCCACCGGGAUUAACCAGGAUCCUUUCCAUUGCUGCUUCACCGACAAAAGCAUGAAUGCGUCCCACCCCCGAGACUCCAAACACACUCUGCAGAGCACCUGAGAUGAGUUCCUCAGAUAAAUCCUCUUUUUUUCAGAUGAGUCAAAUAGUAUCUUGAGCUUUCUUGGCACAGUCGAAUCACUACAGAUCCAGUCCAAGUGUGAGCAUUAAAGUAUGAUUCAAGAAAGCAUCCAGCACUGUUCAAGAACUAAUUGACUCAGGUAGUCCUUUCUAUAUAGAGUAUAUACAUGAUAUUACCUAUUUUGCAUUGCCUUGGAACCUUUGCAAGCUCAACAGCACAUCUGAUCCUGUUAGAUACGUUGUCUGUCCCUUUCAGGCAAACCCACAACAUGACCUAGGAUCUAAGAUACUGUCUCAAUUUGAACCUAAACUGAUCACUGAUUGUACCCUAUCAGACCCGUGUGCCUGUCUCUACAGCUGACCCACAAUGCAUUCCUGGAAGGUUCUUGUUGACGCCGCGAAGGAGGAUCUCAGGGAGACCGCUCUGUCCCUCCUCCAAUGAGGUUUAACCAUAAUGGGAAAAAGGCAAUCAUCUACAAAACAGGGAGAUCACUUAAUUUAAUUCAGAUGUGGGCAUCAGAGAACGGACAAAAGAGAGAUUAUUAGAAAUAACAUGAAAAGUUUCAAAAGUGAUGAAGUGAGCAGCAGCUUAUCUCUGCUUCACGAUCACUUCUGUGUCAUGACAAGAUGUUUGGUCAUCGCUGCACUGAACCUGGACUUGAAUGUGAAAUGCCUGCCUAUAGAUACACAGGCUUAGUACAUAUGUAUUUAACAGAAGGAGACCUAUACAGUAUUAUGAAAUAUUAUACCAAUAAAUGAAUGGUGUUUGCUUUAUCA